CUAUCUAGAACGUGUUUCAUGCCUUAUGGGUCCUGAGGUUGGUCGUGUGGUUCAUCGGAACGCGAAUUUGAUUUACGUUGCUUUAAAUUUGACCCGUAAUCAUGUCUGCAGCAGGCAAGAAGGGGAAAAAGAAGAAGGGUAAAACUUUAGAUUUAAUGUCAUUCCUUGCUGAUGGGAGUGGAACACCCACUGUACCAGUGAAAUCAGGCUGCUGGGCUGAUGAAACGGACGAUGAGCAGGAAGGAUUUUCAUCAAGAAGCAGCAAGGAACCAUUAGUUCUACCCACAGCUCCUAGAGCAGCACGAGGACCUCGUGUUGCUGAUGAAGAUAUCCCUACUAAUCCACCUUAUGUAGCAUAUCUUACCAAUCUUCCUUAUGAAGUGGAUGAAGCAUUUUUAACUGAAUUCUUUGCAGACAUGAAGAUCGUUAACAUACGUCUGCCAAAAGAUUCUAAUAAACUUAAAGGAUAUGGAUAUGUUGAAUUUGAAGAUCGUCAGAGUUUAAUUGAUGCUCUCUGUUUAUCUAAUACAUCUAUGAAGACAAGAAGAGUACGAAUUGAUGUUUCAAAUAGUGUUAAUGAUGAUCGUCGUGGAGGACGUAUGGGUAGAGAUAACCGUAGAGACAAUUAUGACGAUUCCGAACGUACAUCUGGAGAUUGGAGAAGUGGUCCACGAGACGAAACCCUACCAUCAGAUGGAGACUCGUAUCGAAGUCGAUAUGACAAUAGAGAUCGAAGAGAUGAUCGUGAUACUUCUGAUUACGAUAAUAAGCCGGGUGCAUGGCGUGAAAGCAGUGACAGAGGAAGACCAACGUUUAAAGACAGAGGUGGUUUUAAAGAUGACGACAAAGAUAAAGAAUGGUCUCGCUAUGACAAAGGUAGUAGAGACAGAGAUGGGGAUAGAGGGAGCAAUUUUGGGCCACGUCGUAAUUUUGAUUCUGAUUGGGACAGAGAUGGUGCACGUAGACAAGGAGGAGGAAAAUCCAGUGUUGACACUGAACCAAGAAGUAGGCCGAAGUUGCAGCUACAGCCUCGUACGAAACCUAUUGAGGCUACUGCUGUCAAAGAUGAAUCUGCACCGCCGGCAGCAGCUCCCGCACAUGUCCCUUCAACAAAUAUAUUUGGUGCUGCAAAGCCUGUAGAUACCACUGCCAGAGAAAGAGAAAUCGAAGAACGUCUUGCAAAAUCAUACGCAGAAUCGAAGUCCAAAGAAGAAGGCGAUUCAGACAAACGCGGUACUAAGGAAGGUACUUGGGGCAAACGUAAUGGAGAGGGUCGUGAUGAGAAGGAAAGAGACAGAGGUCGGCCAACUUGGCGAUCAGAAGACGAUAGAAAUCGACGAAACGAAAGAUCAACACCGCGAAGUCAACCCGCUCAUUCUGAUCAAUACGGAGAUUCUAAAGGACAACCGUCUUCUCGCGGUGGACCUGCUUCCUCCAGAGGUUUUCAAAGAUCAACUGACACUCGUCCUGCUGAGAGAGAACGAAAAGAUAGAGAGAAAGACGAUAUCAGCAGAAUGCCAAAGGCAAAAGAUGAACAAGCUCCAAAUUUCGUAGCUUCCAAUAAGUAUUCUAUGCUACCUGAUGAUGUGGAUCCUGACAAUAUCGAUGAUUAGCUCUAAUCAUUAUACAUCACCAAUUAAAUUGUGCCACAUGCAUCAUAAUUGGUCUAUAUAUGCAUAUUAUUAAUUUGUUUUAUCUCUAUUAAAUACUUAUCGAAUUGAUUCAUAAAUCAAACACUGAGCUCUUGGUAUUACUUUACAGGAAUUCUUGUUGAUUUGUAUUUAAUCUAUUUUAUUAUUCUUAAUAUAAUUAUCUAUCUACAUAUGUAUUUACUUUAUAUUUCAAUAUGAAUAUUCAACAUCAUUAGAUCGAUGUGGAAAUUUGGAUAACUUUAGAAUGAUCAAUUAUUGUGGUUUUUUUUUAAAUAUUUAAUUCUAAAGAUAAUUACACAUGUAAGACUUAGGAAUUGGGACUUUAUACGUCAUACUUUACCCGCUGUACAGUUAUUGUACGAUAUGUAACUCAUUUACAUGUAAAAUAACAAUGCCAAUUUAGGAGAAAACAAAAUAAUAAGUGUAAUGGGAAUUUAAAUGAUGUAUUAUAUUCUAUUGCUUGGAAUUCGAUGUUGCGUGAAAUUCUUAAUAAUUACAAACAAAACAGGUGAUCACGAUGCAACUGAACAUUGCAAAGUUGAUGCUAUUAUCGAUAUGAGCAUAAUAAAAUAUAAGUCAUUUCUA